UCCAUCCAGCCUGCAAGGUGGAGGAGAAGCAUAGCAUUAACAAAACAUCUUAAGGUGGCACUUGGGGACUUCGACUAGAAGCAUCCAAGCAUCACUUCCUUCAAAUCACCAAGGUACGAUGGCGGCUUUGCUCAAGCUUUUUCUCAUGGCUUUCAGCUUUGUCUUCUGGGCAGCAGGCCUAACAAUGCUGAUUAUUGGUAUUUGGGCUAAACUUUCACUGGAGAACUACUUGGUGUUGUCCACCAAUGAAUAUCCCAAUACCCCUUUCAUUUUAUUGACUACAGGCACUGCUGUCAUUGUCUGGGGCUUUUUGGGUUGCUACAGUGCUGCCACUGAACACCGUUGUCUCUUGCGCACUUAUGGGAGUUUUCAGCUGGCUGUGCUGGUGGCUGGCGUAGCAGUGGGGCUCUCCAGUUUGCUUUAUCGCAAGGAUAUUGCCGAAGGCUUCCAGAAUGGGCUAUGGGAAGCCAUACAUUCCUAUACUGAGGAUGAAGGGAAGGCAGAAGUGUUGGAUGCUAUUCAACGCUCCUUGAACUGCUGUGGAGUCGAGAGUUACCGCGACUGGUUUUUUUCACCCUGGUCGAUGGAAAAAUCAACGCCCAACAACUCAGUGCCCAUGAGUUGUUGCAGGGCACGCAAAGGUUGCCUGCACAGUCCUCUCCCUUCAGAUGCCUGGGGUGUUAACCAUGAUGGAUGCUUCAGCAAGGUCUCUCAUUUUGUCAGUGAUAAUAUGUUCUACAUUGCCACAGCUGGACUUGGGGUAGCCAUCAUGCAGGUAGUAGGUAUUAUCCUGACUGGCCUGCUGGCUGCUCGAAUCCCAUCACAUGCAGGGCCACCAGGUGGUGGUGUUCCACAUUCAAUCUGA